AUGUCCCAAAAACCCCCCGCAAAAACUCCCGACCAAAUCCGCUCCCCCCGCCGCCUCCUCACCCUAACACCGACCUCGCACUCCCUAACCAUCAUCCCUCCCUUCCUACAUUCCCUAACCGGAGUCGCCGUAACGGAUCCUCCCACUCAACCUUCAAACACCGACUCGCCUUCCCAACCCCAAUCGACCGAACAAACACCCACCUUCGCAGGCUACACCACCCACCCGCCCCUCCACCUCGAGAACAAGUACUACACCGCGGACGUGCCGAUCUGGGUCGACGAGAUCCCACUUUCCACUUCACAGCCACACUCAUCCAGCGACGAAAGCAACAGCGAAAGCAACAGCCCCGCCAAAUGGCGCGCCGAGUUCUCGUCUGACGAGGCGCUCCCUGUGCGCGACGCGAUUGGCGCGUUGGUUGUCUGUGUGCGCAAUCCUUCGCCUCCUCCUUCUUCUUCUACGCCUGCUCCUCCGUCGGAUGAUACUCCGGCUCCGCCAGCUGCAGCGACAGCAGCAGCAGAAAACAACCCCGACGUGGAAGGAAUCAAAACGUUAAUGAAAGCCGUCGGGGACAUCAAAAGUCUUAUUGAGGAAGAGCGCAGCGAUGGAGGCGACGUGUUGACACUGCUUGUUUUGGUGGGCGAUACUUCGUCUGCUGCUACGACUACAGCUACAGCUACAGCUGGAGAAGAUGACGAUGGGGACGGAAAUGGAGCCGCGCUGGACGACGAGCCGUUUUCGGAGCUGUGGUGGGAGGAUCAGAUGUUUGAGAUGGGGUUGGUGGGGGUUGAGGUUGUGCGGUGGGAUCCGAGGGUUCCUGAGUCUGAGAUGCGGGUGAGGAAUUCGUUUGGAGAAUACCAAGGCAUGACGCGCAUCCGAGAAGUCCUUGAAACGCACGACUGGAACGGUUCGUCGGAGACUGUCUCUGGAGAUGUUGGCGUUGGUCACGACGACGAUCUCGAGAAGUACCUUCUUGGACUGGAUGGUGAUGGCGAAGGCAGCGAUAUCGACGACGAAGAUACCGGUUUCGGGCUGGAAGUCAACGAGCUCGAGCGCGAAAUGGUAGGAUUGCGAAUGGCGAUUGAGAAAGGGGGAGAUGUGGGCUUGGAUUCUGAAAUCGAGGGUGGGGAAGACGAUGAGGACGAGGAUGAUUUAAGGGUGGAUUCGUUGGGGGGGUUGAUGUUGAGGAUGCAGGCUAUUAAAGAUAUGAGCGCCGAACUUCCUGAGCAGGAGCGGAAACGGUUUGCGGCGAGGGCGGUGCGGGAUAUUAUGAAGGAGGUGUAA